AUGGCGGCUGUGGACCUCAUCUCCCUCAUCUACGACACGUACCAGACCCCGGCCACAGACGCAUGGUGGUAUAACGGCUUCUACACCUCCACCGCGGGAACCCUCCUCAUCAUGUCAUAUUCAUGUCGCUCGAUUCUGGAACGUAUCGGCGUAGACAUCAUCGAUCGGACAUGGCAUAAGUGCGAGCGGAUUCUGGAUAAUAUGGCUACAUUCAGUUUGUCUGCUAGGAAUUCGCUUGAUCUGCUCCGGGCGACUUAUGUUCAAAUUGUUCAAUAUUAUUCACCCUCCAGGGCUGUUGUAAAUGAGGAUUCCCCCGGGAUUAAUGGUGGUCAACUUGGGGCUGCUGCAUCAGUUCAGGGGGACAUGGCAUCUCGAUAUUCAGGAGAUCAGCUUAAGUCCAGUGCAGGGAUCCGCGACGUUCGUGGAGAGAUUCAUGGGGUAAAAGAUCAUGAAUCCUUCAGCCGGUUCAGUAAUGCCCUUAUGGGUUGGGAUGAGAUGGGUUCUGAUCCGGAUGAAUUUGUGUUCCUGGGACGCUUUGAUUUGCCCGAUCUCUCAGGCUGGUUUCCAGAUGCGCCAGGUUAG